GAAAAAAAAAGUUUCUUUAGGUUGUUUGUGGUGUUUAGGAGGACAGCUGAUCACUCCUCACAACUCAGACCAAAUUUCCCAUUCAAGUUUUUUCUCUCCCCUUACCAUGUGAUAAACAAUCAGGAAAUGGCCUGCAGUGCUGAUGGCUUACCCACAAGUGAGGCCCUCAGUCUCUUGCAUGAGGACAUCUCCAUCGCUUUGGAUGAAUAUCAGAAGACAGAAGCUGAAAAGAACAAAGGUUUUGGACCAAAGAGUGUUCUGUAUGAAGCCUUCCACCACAAGAGUAGUCUCUCUGUGUUUCAUUGGACAUCAGUGAUAGCGUUGAUCGUUGAAGGCAUCGUGCUGCUGGUGGCCUUCGCUGCAUGUAAUGACCCCAGGUACCAGCAUCUUCCUGCCGAGUCCUUCUUCAUUUUCUUAGCAGUAAUUCUUAACGUGUACUUGGUGUGGUGGGACACUCAGCUGAGGCACAAAGAGGUCCCAAGACUCACACACAACGUCUUAAAGGAUCUUAAAGAAUACCACGGCAAUGUGUUGUGGUCUGCCGAGAACUAUCCUCACCUCCACUCCCCCCUCUCCCCCUGCAUCACCCUCCAGUGGACUCGUCGCGAUGGUAACACAGUCAACCUCCCUUGGUCUCUCCUGGUGCGUGGGGAUAUUAUACUCAUGAAACCUGGACAGAAAGUUCCUGCUAGAUGUAGGCCCAUGCAG